AGAAGACAGACAGAAAAUACCAUGUUCGAUGGUUCAGCUCAAUUAGUGUUCUAUGGUCCUCCAACGGUGGGAUGUCAGAGCAGAGUGUUCUGGUGUCAGAGCAGAGUGUUCUGAUAUCAGAGGAGAUUUUCUAUUGUGGUGUAGUUUACCACACUUUCUCUUGGUUUCUUUUCCUUCCUAGUAGAUGGUGAUAGAUGUAGAUAGUGGAAGCUACAAUCUAAGCAAUCUAUCUCUAGAUCAAUCUCUGUGUGUGGUUGGCAAACGGACGGCAGACAUUCGUGAAAAUGAGGGACUUUCCUCGGCAGCUCAGGGAGCCAUAAGAGGUCCAACAGCUAUGACCCCAACACACUCACUCUGGCUUUAACAACAUUGCUUCUGGGCUUGAUCCCAACUUGAGUUCUGUGCACGGAAAUCAUGCAUUGAUGCCAUUGCAUGUAUGUGUAACUUGUGAAAAUUCAAGUUACACAUGCUGAUCUCAAGAUGAGAUGUGACCUUCUAUGAGGAGUGUAAGUAUCAUAUCCUUACAUAGACAACGUCCUCUAAAAUGGCCCAGUGUCUGUGUUUUCUGUGUUUAACGUACACAGGGAUUAAUCCUGGUGAGAGGGCCUCGAGGAGGCAGCAGGGACUGGGUGGGAAACCCCUGGCAGAAGUCCCAGGUCUUUAGCCCAGCAGUCAGUGGGCCCACAUAAGGACCAGUGAGAGCUGAGGAAAGGGUGGGGAAAGCUAGCUCUGAAUCAGACCUUUACCAGGAACCUGCCUCCACUUCUGUCACUUCUCCUCUGACAUUUCUGCUUACACAGUAGCUACAGGGCUCUCAAGCAAAAACAGAUCUAGGACCAGCUUAGAUUGUAGUGACUGUGCAAGUGAUGUCUCCCAAUUCCAUUGAAGCUUGUAGAAAAGUACACUUUACAAAAAAGGACUUAGGAAAAUUGCAAUUGGUUCAGAACAGGGCAGCACGGCUGGCCCUUGGAUGUACACAGAGAACUAAUAUGAAUAAUAUGCAUGUCAAAACACAACUUAUGGAACAGCGGGGACUGUGAAGCAACACAAACAUAGGCACAGACACAUGCAGACACAUACACACAAUAGCAUAUGCACUAUAUAUACACACACAUGGAUUUUGUACUGUAUAUACGUGGUAGUGGUGGAGUAGGGGCCCGAUGGCACACAGUCUGUGAAUGUAUUGUAAUGUUUUUAUAAUUGUAUAAACUGCCUUAAUUUUGCUGGACCCCAGGAAGAGUAGUUGCUGCCAAGGCAGCAGCUAAUGGGGAUGCAUAAUAAAUCCAAAUACACCAGAAAUUGUAUUUGACCGAUAUUGUUUUUUAUUUCUUCUAUUUCUAUGUCAGUCCUGGUGAUUCUGUAAGUGUGACACACCAUACGUUAAUUGAACACUACCCAGCCCUCCUCUUGCCAGAGAGGAACCACAGCCUGUGGGACAUUCUCCAUCUUGCCUUUACAGUAAAGCUCUAACCAUUUAGGUCAACAAGUUCAACAGAUCAUCUAGAUUUGUGGUUUCUGGAGGGAAUCCAGAAAAUAACCAUCUAAUCAUUUGUUGUGUAACACCAUAUAUAUUGCGAAAUAGGAUGAACUGAAUGCAUCUCUGAAAGAAAUAUAUGGAAUUAUGUUCCAUUUCAGUAACGCAAUAUGAAUACAAAGAGGGAACUGUAGAUUAUAAGGAGACAAAUUAAAUGUUCCCACUAGUGUGAGCCUAAUGAACCGAAACAUUCUGUUUCUUUUUGCUUCAGUUGUCACAUACCUUUUGGCACCUGUGUGUUCACUAAUCAAGGUUAUGCAGCUUAGAUGUGUUCCACACCGCUGGGCUUCUGGUAGACAGGUGUUGAACAGCUCAUCAUGGGCUUCUGGUAGACAGGUGUUGAACAGCUCAUCAUGUGCUUCUGGUAGACAGGUGUUGAACAGCUCAUCAUGGGCUUCUGGUAGACAGGUGUUGAACAGCUCAUCAUGGGCUUCUGGUAGACAGGUGUUGAACAUCUCAUCAUGGGCUUCUGGUAGACAGGUGUUGAACAGCUCAUCAUGGGCUUCUGGUAGACAGGUGUUGAACAUCUCAUCAUGGGCUUCUGGUAGACAGGUGUUGAACAGCUCAUCAUGUGCUUCUGGUAGACAGGUGUUGAACAGCUCAUCAUGGGCUUCUGGUAGACAGGUGUUGAACAUCUCAUCAUGGGCUUCUGGUAGACAGGUGUUGAACAGCUCAUCAUGGGCUUCUGGUAGACAGGUGUUGAACAGCUCAUCAUGGGCUUCUGGUAGACAGGUGUUGAACAUCUCAUCAUGGGCUUCUGGUAGACAGGUGUUGAACAUCUCAUCAUGGGCUUCUGGUAGACAGGUGUUGAACAUCUCAUCAUGGGCUUCUGGUAGACAGGUGUUGAACAGCUCAUCAUGUGCUUCUGGUAGACAGGUGUUGAACAUCUCAUCAUGGGCUUCUGGUAGACAGGUGUUGAACAUCACAUCAUGGGCUUCUGGUAGACAGGUGUUGAACAUCUCAUCAUGGGCUUCUGGUAGACAGGUGUUGAACAGCUCAUCAUGGGCUUCUGGUAGACAGGUGUUGAACAGCUCAUCAUGGGCUUCUGGUAGACAGGUGUUGAACAUCUCAUCAUGGGCUUCUGGUAGACAGGUGUUGAACAUCAUAUCAUGGGCUUCUGGUAGACAGGUGUUGAACAUCUCAUCAUGGGCUUCUGGUAGACAGGUGUUGAACAUCACAUCAUGGGCUUCUGGUAGACAGGUGUUGAACAGCUCAUCAUGGGCUUCUGGUAGACAGGUGUUGGAUGGAGUGGUGGGUGGCUACUUGUAUCAAUGCAUAGCCACCAAUGUGAUAGUUCAACAAAAGAUUUUAAUGCGUAUUUAUUUAGUGAUUUUCUUAUAAAUAAACUAUACACUACUGUAAUAAAUUAUAGGUAAACAAACUAGUGGUACAUUAUUUACGUUAGAUGGGUAAUCAAUCUAGGUUUUGGCCUUUAGGGAGUUUUUCCUAGCCACCGUGCUUCUACACCUGCAUUGCUUGCUGUUUGGGCUUUUAGGCUGGGUUUCUGUACAGCACUUUGAGAUAUCAGCUGAUGUACGAAGGGCUAUAUAAAUACAUUUGAUUUGAUUUAAUCAUGAUAUACAGUAUAAUUUUAAUGUUAUAUCAAAAUAGUGUUACAGACUUCCUGUCAUAAAUGCAGGAGUUCCAGAUGAACCAAGACAGUUCCCAUGUCUGGUAAAGGAGAAGAGUUGUGUUCAGGUGUGUCACUGUAUGUUGUGUCACUGUAUGUUUCCUCCCACACAACCGUCAGGUGUCACAGCGACUCCCACACAUUACCUCCAUCCAUAACCAGACAUACAAUAUACUCAAACCUCUUUUAAAAGAACAUGCACUGUGUUAUAAAAAUGCACACCAAGGAAGGUACAAUGAACAGUUAGACGACACACGAUAAGGACAGAUGGGAGACUUGAGUCCCAAACCCAGCUUUGAGUCAGACUCUCCACCAUUCCAUUACCAGUUUUCACUUCCGGAUCAUCAAUUCAUGAGAAAGGGAUUACUCAAAAUUGGAACAAAUGUCAAUUUCAGUUUUGUUUGCUUGAAAAUGUCUCUCAGCUUUGAAUCCAUUCAAAGUAAGUCAAAGUCAAAACUGAGAAACAAUGACCUGGACACAUCCCCUAAGACACUAUCACACUUACUGAACCUUAUACUCAACAAAACACCCACGUGAUAAUGCAUUUAUAAUCAUUUUUAACAACAGACAUGCCAUAGUUGUAUCAGUGUUUUUGACAAAGUGUUGUGAAAUGAAAAAAAUAUAAAAUCGAUCAACCCUAUAUACAAUACAACACUAGAUAAAACUAUUGGUAUGACAACAUCAAAUUCUCUAAGACACAGUCAUGGGAAAAGCAUGAAGAAAGGAAUCCCAUUUCCCCUUUGAUCCUCAAAAUCACUGUCAACUCAACCAAACAAUAUGAAAACAACAAUUUUUUUCUUCUGUGAAGACAUUUUGCAAGCCUCUGACAGUAAUUACAGUCACGUGAUGGUUAGUACCAGGCUAAUGCAAUUUCAGCAAGCCCCUCCAGUUCCCCUUCUGUGUAGAACACAAACAUACUGAGUACCACUGGUUGGGUGCAUGUCAUCAGCUAGAGAGACAAAGCCCUUCUCAGCAACCUCCAUACACAGCUCUCUUUGCAGCAUGUUCUAGAAACGUGUGUGCGCGCACGCGCGUCUGUGCGUGUACAUGUCAAACAUCAUUUCACAGGUUUGAAGUCUGAUGUGUGUGGAAAUAGCUGCCCCACAACAGGAAAGUCAUUUUCUCACCCCACUACAUCUUGUGUGAAUAAUAUGCAGAUGGGGCUGACUGACAACACAGAUACUCACUUUGAAACCAGCAAACACUUUAGUGUAGGUCUAGUGACAUGAGAGUGAAGGAGGUUGAAGUCACGGUUAAUAUACACGAUGGUGGUACUUCUAAUUAAAUAACAUGUAUUUCUGGUGGACCAGACAAAAAAAAAAUCACAUAGUAGUAGUUUACACAGGAUCUAAUAGUCUUCCAUUGGCCUCAAUACAUCGAGGUUAGUUGUCUUCUGUUUGCCUAGAUACAUCAAGGGUUCAUAACCCACCUCAGGCACAACAGCAAGUCCAGACAAGCCAUCAGUCAUCACAGAGAUCAUCUCCCAGUAUGAUGAGUUUAGGAAGAUCCCUGGUAGGUCAUAUAAAGUUGAGACAGGCAACCAGGAAGG